CCGUCCAUUUCGCUAUAGCCACACACGCACUCUCUAUAACCACUAUAAAUAUUAUCAUAUUAUUAUAACAGCUCCCGUCACGAAAAUCUCGGCGUACCGCAAGAAAUCAUAAUAUUAACACGUCACGUUYGAGCCCACACCGAUUUCAAUUAUACAUCAAUAUUAUUUUAUAAAUAUUAUUAUGUAGAAACGAUUCGCCACGUAGGUGACUUAGGGCUUUCGGUUUUUAGUUAACGGGAAUCGCACACGUUGAUCUCGCGAACAUGUUGAUGGAUGUUGAUUUUGACGAUGACACGCCGAACCGAUGCACCACACUCGUCUACUAUGCAUGGAAGAUAUUCACGUGCUUAUUCCUGCACGUGCUACUUGUCACCAUGGUCGUACUGUAUUGUUUGCUCGGAGCCUUUGCUUUCGAACGUCUGGAAUCAGCGAACGAAAUUGAAGUGAAGAAUAGUAUUCGUGUCAUGAGGAUGAAUGUAACUACGGAUCUUUGGAAAUACACCAAAAAUUCAUUGGUGCUCCAACAAGAUAAUUUUACUACAAACGUAACAGCCCGAUUGCAAAAAUUUGAAGAUGAUUUGAUAUACGCAAUUAAACGUAAAGGUUGGGAUGGUGAAGAAGACACUAAAAUACAACAAUGGACCUUCACCGGGGCUUUAUUUUAUUCAAUAAUUGUUAUCACAACUAUAGGUUACGGUCAUAUUGCUCCAAAAACCCUGAAUGGAAAAUUAGCCACUAUAUUUUACGCGAUUGUCGGUAUACCACUGAUGCUCCUAUGCCUGUCAAAUAUCGGCGACAUAAUGGCGCAUUCCUUCAGGUUCCUCUACUGGAAAGUAUGUUGCUAUACGUGCACCAGGCGCCAGAGACGAGUACAGUCCCUAAGGAGGUCCCGCAGUCAAAGGUCCACUACAAGAUCACACGGCGGUUCCAGAACCACGUCACUAAAAAGAACGGGUCGAAUAUCACAGAGAUCCGCAGACAGCGCUCUCGGAAUGUCGGAUUGUUACACUAGAUCUUCUUAUUCGGACACCGAAUGCAGGUAUUACGAUAAAAUGGAAAGAGAAUACGCCAUGUUUGGAGGCGGGAUGCCCGUUAAAUCCCCUAACCGAUAUUCACAGCAGUCCAGGUAUUCCGAUACCGUACCUUUACGAAGGCACUCGCCGGCUAUUAAACCUAGAUCGACCAGUCAAAAUAGUGGUCACCGAAAUAAUGCUAACCCUUAUUACCACGGGCGAUAUCGAGUACAAGAUCCAAGUUAUUCUGACGGGGAUCAACUAGGUGGGCCAGAACUACAGCAAGUGCCAUCGAUUUUAUUCAACAAAUAUGCGCUGGACAGGGAAGAAUCUAGAAGAAUUCAUCCGAAGCAAAGCCAAGAGAUUCGUCGGAACAUUCGGGGUCACUCGGCUGCUCCUAAUUUAGCUACAGAAACUCCAUCAGGUACUUUGCGGACGAACAGCCGAAGCAAAACACCUCAGCAUUUGGUCGUGGACAUGCUGCCAAUGGACCAUCCCGACCAGGAUUACUACCCGAAACCAAAAUUCCGUUCGAGACAUCGGAAUUCCAAUCAGAGCAAACGUUUGGAAGUGAUGGCGCCCAGCCCGCGGAUCAUGUCUCCACUGGGUUUCGCCGUGAACCGGCAGUACCCCCGGCGGUCGACCCGGUACAGCGACUACCACGACGACGCCGAGCCGUACGAUUUCGACGACAACAACCCGGAUCACAUCAAGCCCGUGCCCAUAUGGCUGUGCGUGCUUCUGGUGGUCAGCUACAUAAUCAUGGGAGCGUUCUUGUUCAAGAGCUGGGAAAACUGGGAGUUUCCGGACUCAGCGUACUUCUGCUUCAUAACGCUCACCACAAUCGGGUUCGGUGACUUUGUGCCCGCCCAGCGAGUGAUGAAUAAGGGUGACGACACCAAGCUGCGCAUAUGGUUCUGCUCGCUGUACCUGCUGUUUGGCAUCGCCCUGUUGGCAAUGAGCUUUAACCUUGUCCAGGAGGAGGUCAUCAGUAAUGUUAAGACCGUGGCCCGUCACCUGGGUAUCAUCAAGGACGAGGACGAAGAGGAGUCCGAGUGACGACGCGCGCAAGGAACUUGUUAAAUAACAUACGUAAUAUGUAAWAUAAUAAUAAUAAUAAWUUAAUAUUAUCAUGUACGUGAGUCGUCGAGUAUAAUAAUAAAAUUAUAAUAUAUAGAUUAUAGGUACCUACCUAUAUACUAUAMGAAAUUAAGAACCGUGAAUAUCGUAUGUGAUUUUCGCGUGAAAAUUGUUUUAAACAAUAUGUUAGAUAUUAUGAUAAUAUUAUAAUUACUUUGUUCAUGUCUUAAUAGAUGGAUCUUCAACCGUCUGCGUCUGUUUUUGAUAUUUCGCCUCUUGCAGUAGGUAAUUACAGCGUUAAGACUGCUUUAAGAUAAUACAAUUUAAUAACCUAACCUAACCUAACCUGGAUUCAGUUACAAACGUCUUCUGAGUGCCAGUACAACUAGGACGGUGUCACUAUAGUUCCACGAUAAGUGACCACUGAGUUCUUAGUGACAAAUCCUUGCCAGACUUACUUGUUCUAACMAAUCGUCCACAUAAAUAAGUCUAGUAGACCUAAAAGCAGAUAAUGGCUAUAUUUAUAGUCUAUAUGUAUAUAUACAUUAUAUAUAUUUAUAUAUAAUAUUAUUUAGGUACUGUUAUCAAUUACAAAAAAAUUUAUAAUAGUUCAUAUUUUAUUAACAAUACAAAUUUCGUAGUUACGCAUUAUUAACUAUUACAGAAUUGUUUAUAAUUAAAAACAGUAAAUUAUGUUAAAAACAUUAUGACGUUUUACGUGCACAAACGGUCUAUUAAAUUUACAAAAUGCGCUCAGACGGUUGUCACUAACAGUCAUAACAUACGCUCAUCUGCAGGCUUUAGGGUUGUGCGGAAAUCGCUUACACAUUGUAUUAGAAGAUAUAUUGAUAAUAAUAUAUAUUUUAGUAUUAUAUUAGGUAUAGAUAAUGCGUUUUAAUAAACAUUUAACAUUAUUUAUAAUGUAUUAUUAUGUAUAGCGUUAAAAAUAUUUAACGGGUUAAAAUAGUAGAAAACCUUCUUCGUAGUCAUUAUUCGGUCAGCUCUCCGACCGAAUGACGAAAUCCAUUCGUCGUUAUAUGACGUUAGUUUUCUGAUAAUCACAUGACUAUUUAUAAGUGCACGUAUCACUCCUUGAUUAUUUCCAAAUUUAUUCGUCGUGCGAUUUUUCCACGAUUUUUAUAAUGAUUUUUCAUACCUGUUGACGUACAUAAUAUUAUAAGGACUAUAAUAUUAUUAUUAUCAUUAUUAUUUUAAAAAACUUCCCGACUGAGUGUAUAAAUAAUAUAUUUUGGAAAUAGUCCAAAUAUUAAUCGGUAUACGUAUUAUUAAACGAUAGUAAGUUUUAAUUAAAAUUAGUAGCAAGCAUACCGUUAUUUAAAGGCAACGUAUUACGAUAUUAAAUUUUCUCCGAAUUAAAACUGCCAUAUUGUAAAUUUAACGUUACUUUAUGCGUUAUGACUUCACUGUGUAUACAAACUCGUUGCAUUGCAGCAAAAGUGUAAUUAUUUAGCUCAAGAGUACAUAAACGAAAACGAGGUCACGAAUCUUUGAUAAGGAUCUGUUACCGUUUAAAUCUCUAAAGCUAUCAACGUACGUAAUGUGUUAUAGCAAGUACCUAAUGGAGCAAUGGAGAUAUUGAUAAAAUUAUAUAUACUUAGAUAAUCUACAACGUAAAAUGGCGCAAAAAAUAAAAUACCAGCGAUUUUAUUUAGCCGACAAACGACAAACCAUUAACAAUUCUCUCUAAAAUAUUAAAUGUAUCGUUUCGACUGAUGGUUUUUUUUCUGUAUAUGCUUUUUUUUGAUUCAACACGACUUUUGUCAUUUUAUUCAUAACAAUAAUAAUUUCGAUUUUGAACUAUUACAUUUAAGUGUCUCUAUUUAUAUUUUAUUUUAUGAAUGGGAAUCAAACAAUAUUGUCA